GUGCUCAAAUUAUAUAUAAAAAGCCAAUUUAAUAUAGAAGAAAAAGAUUGUUUUGAGAGGUGUUAUAAUGUGAGGUCAGUGAGGAGAUAAACAUAACCAGGAGGACGCUGACUCCAGAAUAAAAUUGUGAGGCAUGUCAGGAGGGAGAAGAAAGUCUCGCAAACCACAGAAAUGGGAAGACUAUGUUGCCGAUGAAGAACAACUAGCAACUAUUGAGAAGGAACUAGUGAAAGAAGAAAAAGCUCGUAUGAAAUGUGCCAGCAAUGAUGGAGAUUCUUCAGAAAAAUCUCCAGACGGUGGUCAGGAUGAGGACGACGAUGAUGAUAAUGACACCACAGAUGAAGAAGGCCAUUUACAGAUUGUCAUUCAGAAAGAUGAAAGUGAAGAAUUUCAAACAGAUAAGGAGUUAAUUAAAGAAGAGAUUUCUGAAGAUGAGCUCAGUGUUGGAGUUCAAGAUAAAAAAGAGAAGCAGUGGUCUACCACUCAAGAAAAAAAUAAUGGAGAAAUGAUCGGAGACUGUACCAUAUGUGGAAUUCAGUUACGGGAUUGGCCUUCUACUCAUAGCCAUCUUAGAUUUCACCGUCUUUCAUAUGUUCCACAAUGCAAUUAUGGAAAUGUGCUGACGCCCUUGACUAAAAGGUUAAAUUGCCAAGUUUGCCAGCGAAUUUGUCAAAACAGAGAAGUGUUGGCAUAUCAUGCUUACACUGAGCAUUAUAUAAACCGAAAAGAUGCAAAAUGCUGCCCUUUUUGUAGCAAGAAUUUCAAAGAUAAUGAAGAAUUUCAAGAACAUCUUGACAUGGAUAUUAUUAGCUUUAAGUGCCAAAUGUGUGGUGUCUUAGUAAAUCGAGAACACAAAUUUUAUCAGCAUAUUGUCUACUGCACCAAAAUGCACCAAAUGGGUAUCACCUCUGUUCCAUGCUGUAUUUGUGGAGUAUCAACUUCCAUUAAUAACCUCUACACCCACUUGAUGAAACACAGUACCCUACAUAGUCUUCCUCGACACUUGGCACACAAUUCCAGAAGGCGUGGCAUAUACACUUCUAAACUAGAUCCACAUCGGCCACAACAAACACGAUAUCGUCCAUUUUUGUGUGAAAUAUGUGAUCGUCGCUUCGUUGUGUACAGUGAAUUUAAACGUCACUUAUAUUCCCACUUAAAGUCUCGCUCAUACGUGUGCACGCACUGUGGCCGGAGUUAUUGCCAGAAGAAUACCCUCAUUGUUCACCUAUAUUCUUAUCACAACUCUUCACCCAAUGCGGAGGAAAUAACCCCUAAGGAAGAUACAAUGCAAAGUUGUUACUCCUUUAAUCAAAAUACGAGCUUCAGUGAAACACUACACAGCAGUGCCAUGCAGACAUACCUCAAACUAGGAGUUGAAGCAUGGGGAUCUGCUCCUUGUGUGAAGCAAUAUCUGGAGAAAUUGCAAAGCAGCUACGACCUUCUAGAUCACUCUCCAGGUAACCGUCGAGAUUUGACUGAAUUUACAGAUGUGCAAUUGUUGACAUAUUUGGAUCACUUUGAAGCAGUGAACCGUGAACAAGACAGAGAGUUGGAAUUUUUAUUAAAUUUUAGGUCGAAGGCAGAUUUGGAGAUAGAAGCAAGUGAUAAAGAGGAACCAGGAGCUGAUGACUUGGACCCACUUACUUUCUCCCCGUGCACAAGCAGCAAAUUAUUAACGCCGAGAAAUUCAAUGGCAAACAAUUCUCAAAUAGAUUUGAGUUGCUUAAUGCAUCAUUUACGAAAGGGCAGUGACAAGAGGAAAGCAGGUGAAGAGGAGGGCAGUGAAGGUGGCCCAGUAGACAUCUGCUUAGUCACCUCUACAACCAAUACUCAGGUUACCAUCACUCCAGCAGGAUGUCUUCAACAUGAUAUACGGCCACCAAAGGUGGUGCGAUCUGUGUCCCACAAACCCUCAGUAGCCAUGAUACAGAGUACCUAUCCAGGUAUAACUGUACUUAGUGAUGUGGAUUUUACUCGAAUACCUUCAAUCAUUACUGAAAUGCAAGAAAUGAUGAGUUCCAGAACACGAGUGGAGAUGAAAGAAUCAGGCAUCAGUCCGGAAGAUUUGCAAAGGCUGGAAGUGGAAGCACAGCUACUUAGAGAAGCAGAGCCAUUUUACCUUCAGGACAACAGUCAGUGGCAGCUCCCAAAGUGUAAUGGAAUCUGGAAAAGAUCCAGUAAGAGGUGCAGCAUUGUUCCUGACUCUUCAGCACUAAUUCGAAUUAUUGCAGAAGCAAAAGAAUUAUAUGGUGGAAGUAAUGAAGGGGAGAAAAACAUAUGUUAGGUGUUCUACACCUAACGUCCUAAACUUUGUUUCCGGUAAAAAUGUUACAUUUGAAUCCCAUUAUCACAAACUCCUUGGGGCUGAGAGCGGUGCACUCGUCAUUGCUAAAACUUUUUGCCUGUGCAGCAGGCAAAAGUUUUGUUAUAGUGAAUUUUUAGCUUAAUGGGAUUCUACUGUAUUUGAAAGCUAAUCCAGGAAGUUCAAAAUUCAGUUUGAAGAAUAAACUCUUUGAGUGAUGUUUUACUUUUUUUUUUUUUUUCAGCUUGCACUUGUUCAGAAGAAAGUAGAACUACCACCCUUUGUCUUUAUUUUUCCCAAUCAUAUCAUAUAUACAAUAAGAAUCGCCCUCAUAUUUAUGGCUGUAUUAGCAAAAGUGAGUUUUGAUGUGAAGAUUAUUUUAUAAUGCAGUCAUGAUUAUUAUAUACAAUAAUUAACUUGAACCAAGUUGACUGAGUUACUCAGCAAGGAUAUAAAAUGAUGAAAGGAGCUCCAAAUUACGGUUCGAGGUCUGUCAUACAGUAUUAUGUAUGUACUGAGUACAUAAUGUAUAUUGACAUGUAUUAAUUGUGCCAAUGUCCUGGGACUGUACAUGUACUGUACCAAAAAUACUCAUUUUGGUAUGUAUUUUAAUUGUAUACACAGUGUACAUACAUAAAGCCAUUCAUGUGACACACUUUAUAUUCCCAAAUUUAUAUCUUAUGGUUUACAUUUAGACUUGGUGCAUAUGUUUUUUGAACAACUGGCAAUAAUGCCCACAUUUGGAAGUUGUUUCCUUUGAAUAUCCAAGACUCAAUCAUUUUAAAUGUCAGUAGAAGGGUAUUGACCCACUAUCUGACCACUGCCACAUUGAUGCCAGUAAAGGGAUCUACAGAACUGGUGCUACCCUUCCCUUCCAUGGCACUGUAUGACUUUGCAGGUUUAGCACUUCCCCGUGAAUUUAAUAAAAAGAAUGAGGACUGGAAAACUAUUUGAUUCUGGGUGGACUGCAGAGGAUCACCACAGCUUUGAUCCAUCUUUUACCUAAUUCCCCAAUGGCAUGUGGGUAGAGGAACCCUCCAGAUUCCAAGUACGUACUAUAAAGUUCAUUUUUUAGUUCACACCAUAGUGAGCUUCAGUCAUAGGCUUGAGACUUGGUUAGGUUACACCCAUGUUGUAAGUGUCUUGAGUGCCAGGACAACUAUAAUAAAUAGUGGAUAGCACUCCUAAGGGUCUUCCACAGCAGGAGUCCAGUAAUUUUCUGGGUCUGAUUUAUUUGAUCUUAGAUGUGGGAAUCCUUUUCAAUCCCCAAAUUCUGAUAAGGCUCUAAAUAUGAUUUCAUAUUUUAAUGUUAUGGUGAACUUAGGCUAUUGUAUACUGUGUAUAUACGUAUGCUGUAUGUAUUUAUUUUUACUUUUGUUUUUCUUUUUGGGCCACCCUGCCUCGGAGGGAUAUGGCCGAUUUGUUGAAAGAAAGAAAGUAUGUUUUUGGUUAGCUAGGCAUGGUUUACAAGGAAGUCUGGCCUGAGGCCAGGCUACAAGGGUUAAAGCACCACAAACUGGUCAUAGGUUAUUGAUGAGUGUCUGGUCCUUAGCAAAGGGAGACUUGUCUUAAAAUAAUACAUACUCUUAAAAAGACAACUUCUUAUUAUAAAGUUGUCAGUGUUAUGUGACUGUUAAACUUAGUUGUCUACAAAGGCAAAAUAAUAAGAGAUUAAACAAUAGACCUGAUAAGAAUCUGUUUCAUGUGAGAAAAUUUACUAAAACAUUUUAUUGACAAUGGUUAUACUGAAUAAGUAGACCAACCCUCUAAUUUUGUGCUUUUCUUCACACCAACACAACAAGAACGUAUAGCACCUUGAAUGCAAAGAGGAAAUAUAUGCCAGAGACACACAUCAAAUAAUUGAGAAACCCACAGCAGUGAUCGAGUGCAACAAAAACGUAACACAUGUUUGAUGGGCAACUCUGAUUUGUAAAUUGGUUCUGGGGUAUCAGUCUGAAAAUCUCUUAAGGUAAUGAAGCUUUUUUUUUGUAUAUAAAUUUUUCAAUGUUCAAGGCAUUUGAUAUAACCCUAGUAUAUAUUGGGAUGCCUUCCCUUUAACUAUAAUUAGAUAAUUCUAGACAGGUAUUAAGACCUGCAGCACUCAUCAGCUUGUUAGAACUGAAGCACAACACCAAACCCUCUGCACUUAAAAGAUAAUAAACACUUAAAUGAAUGUAAGGUAAGAAGUAAUAUACUCAAUGGAAAUGUUGUUUACAUGGUCACAAAACAGGAAAGGCCAAGCAGUGCUAAGACAUGAUACUUGUGUGAUUGUCAUUGAGCACCGUACCUAGGUACAUACUUGAAACAAAAAAUUUUUAAUUUUUCCGUAAAUACUUGAAUAUAAUAAACACAUGUAGGUAUUGUAAAUUAAAAAACAUAAAAACAAGUCUUUGAUAUUAUAGUACUAUGCAUCAGCACUUCCAUUUAUUCUUUCUACAAAGUGGAUGUGACAGUCAGCUCCUCGUAUACUUGGUUCCCUUCCAUUAAUCAAGAUCAUCCUGCUAAACCAUGGAUUCCUGAUGGGAUAGCCAUUUGAUCUGAUUAGCUUACUGGCUUUGUGAUCAUGGAGUGCCAUGCCCAAACACUCCUUGACAGGCUGGGAUAUUUAUUAGUGAAGGAAAAUUCCUGUAAGUGCAUUACAAAAGAAGAAUCUUUGAGGUUCAAUAAGAGUUGUCCAGAGAGUUGGGGCAUACAAUUGAAUUCUGAAAUUCGUGGGGGUUAGGUUCCUACAGACUACGUGAAUCUUGAAGUCAAGAAUAAUAAGAAAUUUCACAUGCCAUAGCUUUAGAAAUGUUUUCAACCAUUUUUUUUUAAAUACAGUACAGGUUGACCAUCACUAACCCAGCAUCAUUGGGACCUGCAGGGUGCCAGAUUAGUGAUUUUGCUGGCUUACAGAGUGGUUAGGUUAGAAUAUACAACGGCCAUAUCUACACAUUGCUGAUUUCACCCACUUUACACCCUAUUUUUGGCCCAUUCCAUUGUUCCAAUCUACCAAACUCAUAGCUAUUGUGCUAGUAGUCCUUCUAUAUGUAGGCCUAAAUUUACCAGUUACAUCUUAUCUGAGUGAGGUGAGUUCAUGGCGACUGACAUUGGCUUCAAAGCCACCUUAUCUCUUGUGGACAGUGUAUGGUGUAUGUGCUUUAGACAACGAGAAGCGUUUCUUUUUUCGUUGGAACCAUGGCUAGGGCUGAAAUUGAGCAGGUUAUAACAAUAAAUGGAGAAAAAGAAAUUGGAAUGACUUAUGCAGCAAGUAAUGCCACCAAUAAUUCACACCCAUAUGCGCUCUCUGGAAGUCUAUUUGAUUGUGCUGUGUUUUCCAGUCUCAGGACCAAAGCAGUUAUCAAAAAUGCAGAAAAUGUCAGGUAGUGACUUGAAUUAAUAAGAAAAUUAU